CGAAGAGGCAGUGUUGUGUCACGCGCUCGCAGCCACGUUCAGACCGAAAGCGCUUCUGAGGUGAUUUUUUUUUUAUUGUCUUAUUUUUGUUCAUUGUUUUUGAGAAAGAUUUGGAGCGGAGGUGAAGUAGAGAUCAGAGUUGGGAUCUGUGACGGCUCUUCAUGGCAGUCAGAAGGGGACACGUUAGAUACUUAAAAGAGGUGUACGACAUGUCGAACGGUUACGAGGAUCACAUGCUGGAGGACAUGAAGGACAGCAAGACGAAUUUGAUCGUCAACUAUCUGCCACAGAACAUGUCUCAGGACGAGCUGCGCAGUCUCUUCAGCAGCAUCGGCGAGGUGGAGAGUGCAAAGCUCAUCCGAGAUAAAGUCGCCGGCCACAGUUUAGGGUACGGCUUUGUUAACUAUGUAAACCCUAAUGAUGCAGAAAGAGCAAUCAGUACUCUGAAUGGCCUGAGGCUACAGUCUAAAACCAUCAAGGUGUCGUUUGCUCGCCCGAGCUCGGACUCCAUCAAGGAUGCCAACCUGUACAUCAGCGGCCUUCCUAAGAACAUGACGCAGAAGGACGUAGAGGACAUGUUUUUACGCUACGGACACAUCAUUAACUCGCGCGUGCUUGUCGAUCAGACUACAGGUCUUUCCCGCGGUGUUGCGUUCAUACGCUUUGACAAGCGCUCAGAGGCAGAGGACGCUGUUAAAGAGCUGAACGGACAGAAACCUCCCGGUGCUGCUGAGGUCAUCACCGUCAAGUUUGCUGCCAAUCCCAAUCAGAUUAAAAACACACAGGUCAUCCCUCAGGUCUAUCACACACAGUCUCGUCGCUUCGGAGGACCUGUACAUCACCAGGCCCAGAGAUUCAGGUUCUCCCCGAUGGGCGUGGACCACAUGGGCGGUCUGUCUGGGGCGAACAUGGGCUCGAGCACUCAGGCCGGGUGGUGCAUCUUUAUCUAUAACCUGGGUCCAGACGCAGACGAGGGAAUCCUGUGGCAGAUGUUCGGGCCGUUCGGCGCCGUCACCAAUGUAAAAGUGAUUCGCGACUUCAACACCAACAAGUGCAAAGGCUUCGGCUUCGUCACCAUGACCAACUAUGAGGAGGCGGCCGUGGCCAUCGCCAGCCUAAAUGGCUACAGACUGGGGGACAAGAUCCUUCAGGUGUCCUUCAAAACUAGCAAGAACCACAAGUAGACAGACGCUGCUCAGGGGGGCGAAGGCCGCUGUUUUAGAGUUUCAUCUGCUUCUCACACACACACAACACACACACCCCCACACACAGCGCUCAUCAUCGUUAUCAAACACACACGCCCCUCAUGUCAUGUCGCUACAUCCCUGCACUCACAGUGGCAACAGUAAAGUCCAUCACUUUAACUGUGUAACGUGUCAUUUAGCUGGUUAUUGCCGUGUGUUAGUCCGUUCUGCACCGCUGCAGUCUCUCCUAAACCUGUGACUGAAUUAUCAGAAGUUACACACAAUUCUUUCUACCCUUUUUUUUUUGUUUUUCUUUUGUAGUAUAUUCACUUGGCGUAGCCAUGGUAGGAUUUUUCUCCCUGUAAGCGGGGUUGAUUAUUUGUUUAAAAUCCCAGUAGUGACAUUUGUUUUUUGUUUCCAGUUUUGAGGUACAUAAUUACCAGUGUAUUUCUUUUUUUUUUUCCUCUUUACAACUUAAUCUGUUUUUCCAUGUAUUAACCAGUUUGUGUAGUUUUCAGAUCUUGAUGUGUGUAGUAUCGUUAGACACCAACACACACACAUAGGUCAUGGCGCUUUUGCUGCAUGGCUGUUAUCAUAAGAUCGGAUUUGAAAGUCUAAUAGCUGUAAUAGACCUGAAACGAUUUGUUCCUGCUAAUAACGAUAUUCGUGUUCAUGCUGCAGCCUGUGAGAUUUAUGGCGCCCUCUGCUGACUAUGUGGAACUGCAUUAAAAAUAUGGAGGAAUUGGUGGAAUUUUUUUUUUUUUUCAUAUGGGCGGGGCUAAUGUACAGAAAAGGAAACUAACUUGUAGUCUGAACACCUUGCACAGUUUAUCAGCUAGUUUUUUUUCCUUUCACUUUAAGUCCAUGGCUAGGUUAGGAUUAGUUUAUGAUUACUAUGCCAUGUUUUAGACUCUUGCUCCCAGGACACGGUUUCAAAGUUUGAUGCCCUUUUUUUUUUUUUUCCCCCGAGGCACUUUUUCCCGACCGAGCCCUUUGGCAUGUCGAGCGAAGCAGAAAGUGUCACUUUAUUUAAUCAAUCCUGUGAGUUAAAAAAAAAAAAAAAGUGACAGAGAGAGAAAGUAAGAAGGACCAAAGAUGUGGAAAAUUCUCCAGGAAAAAUGUGGACUAACUUAAGUUUCCCCUGUUUUCAUUUCAGCUUCAACUUUUUGUUAUUUGCUUAUUUUUUUUCAUUUUUUUCUUUUCUUUAAUUGCUUUAUUUACUCAUGUGAAUUUUGUUGUAUUAUUUUUCUUUUCUCAUUACUAAUGAUUAAAAAAAUAACUUUUGAUCUUUUUGUUCAUUUGUGUUUUGAGUUUGAGAAUUCUGAUCAUUAAAUUUUAUUUUGAUUUGCCGAA